UCCUUUUGCUAGCGGACUCUUUAGUUCAUUUGAGACAAUGGCUGGUGGAGGUAUGCCUUCAGCCGGUUCCGAGAAAAAUUAUCCUGGAAAUUUCACUUCCAAGGUCUUAUAUACUUGCAUUAUCGCCGCUACAGGUGGUUUGAUCUUUGGUUAUGAUCUUGGUAUUUCAGGUGGAGUUACAUCCAUGGACCCUUUUUUGGAAAAAUUCUUUCCGGAAGUUUACAAGAAGGAAAUAUCAACUAAACCUUCGGAUGAUCAAUACUGCAAGUUUGACAGCCAAGUACUGACGCUGUUUACAUCUUCACUGUAUUUGGCUGCUCUUUUUUCGUCCAUGGUAGCAGCCACGAUAACCCGAGCGUGUGGAAGGAAGAUGACGAUGAUGUUCGGAGGUUUGCUUUUCGCCGGCGGUGCCGUUCUCAAUGGCUUUGCUGAAAACAUUGCCAUGCUUAUUGUUGGUCGGAUGUUUCUCGGUUUCGGCGUUGGAUUUGCUAAUCAGUCCGUCCCGAUAUAUUUGUCUGAAAUUGCUCCCUUUAAAUAUCGAGGUGCUAUGAACAUCAUGUUCCAAAUGUCAAUUACCAUAGGUAUAUUUGUCGCCAACUUGUUGAACUACUUCUCUGCUAAGAUUAAAGCUGGCUGGGGUUGGCGCUUGAGCUUGGGUGGAGCUGUUGUCCCUGGUUUGAUCAUUUUUUUCAGUUCCUUUUUCCUCUCUGACACACCAAACUCUUUGCUUGAACGCGACAAAUUUGACGAGGCUAGAGUUCUGCUAAAAGAAAUCCGUGGUGUUGAUAAUGUUGAUGAGGAGUUCAAUGAUUUGUGUGCAGCUAGUGAGGCGUCCAAGUUGGUGAAAAGCCCUUGGAGAGAUAUUUCCAAAAGGAAGUACAGGCCUCAACUCAGCUUUGCUGUCUUAAUUCCUUUCUGUCAGCAAUUCACUGGCAUGAAUGUGUUUGUGUUCUACGCUCCUGUUCUGUUCAAGAGCAUGGGAUUUGGUAACAACGCGGCCCUCAUGUCCUCAGUGAUCACUAGCAUUGUUAAUGCUUUAGCAACAGUAGUUUCGAUCAUCUGUGUUGAUAAGUUUGGAAGGAGGACGCUUUUCCUUCAGGGUGGUCUUCAAAUGUUAUUAUGUCAGAUUGUUAUGACCGGUUUAAUUGCUUACAAGUUUGGUGCGAGUGGAAACCCUGGUGAACUGCCCAUGUGGUUCUCACUUUGUGUGGUAGCAUUCAUGUGCAUUUACAUUGCCGGCUAUGCCUGGUCAUGGGGUCCUCUAGGUUGGCUAGUGCCUAGUGAAAUAUUCCCACUUGAAGUCCGUUCCGCUGCUCAAUGUAUCACUGUCUCCGUCAACAUGUUUUGCACCUUCGUCUUAGCGCAAAUCUUCACCGCCAUGCUUUGCCAAUUGAAAUUCGGCUUCUUCAUCUUCUUUGCCUGUUGUGUCGUGGCGAUGAGCAUCUUCAUCUACAUGUUCCUUCCUGAGACAAAGGGAGUCCCCAUUGAAGAAAUGACCAUUGUGUGGAAAAAGCACCCUUAUUGGAGAAAGUUUCUCACUACCGAUGAAGAUCAAGAUUGUGAGAUGGCAAAGAAGGGACGAUCUCUCUAAAGUUUGGUUGUGGAGUACUCUGCAUGCUUCUUCUUUGCCUUCUUUUUUACCUUUAUUAGUUUCGUUCUUGGUUUUGGGUAAAUUUUUUUUUUUUAAUUUUGCGAUUUUCUCUAGCCGUUGUUUUUGUUAGAACAAAGCUUAAGUAAGUUUCUUUAUGUCAAAUUUGUGAGAUAUUUCAUCCAACAUAAUUAUAUAAUAAUUAAAUUU